AUGGCCAAGGACGCCCCAGUCUUCCGUCGUGGCAAGAUCCAAGGCGAGUGCCGCUAUCCUCCUUGCGAGGAAAGAGACGCAGAGCUGGAACAGGCUCAUAGAGAGCUCUCGUUGCGUCCCAUGGGCAACAUUGCCGACUAUCCUCGUCAUAUCCCUUAUGCCAGCGACAAGAAAACCUUCCAAGAAAAGACCGGGCGAGAUAGCUUCCAUGUCUUUCAAUACACAUUCCAAAUUCCCGGCGAAGAAAAGGAAUGGCAUGUUAUGUGGGACUACAAUAUCGGCAUUACUACCCCAGCCAAGAUGCUGAACCAGAACCCUGGCCUCCGGGAUAUCUGCCAUAGCAUCACUGGCGGAGCACUCUCUGCUCAAGGAUACUGGAUGCCGUACGAAGCUGCCAGAGCCAUGGCAGCCACCUUCUGCUGGAGGAUCCGAUACGCUUUGACUCCACUGUUUGGCACGGAAUUCCCGGCCAUGUGCAUCCCUCCCACGGACCGCAAAACCCAUGGCCGGAUGGUCAUCCCUCCGGAGAUCGUGCAGCGUGCCACCAACACCUCCAACUACUAUCGCUCCUUGGAGAUGAAGUCUAGCACCGCAGACAGCCCCCCCGUGAUCAAUACCCCUUCCUUAACACAUACCCUUCUUGAUCGUACGAACUUAUUGAACCGACAAGACUCAUCCCUGACACUGCCCCCACUCAAGAUCCCGCGUCACCAAUACGCCGAGAGUAAUCCCAGUGCCCGGGACUCCUCUAUGGAGCCUUACUACAUGUCGCCCAAGAGCCAGUCUCCCAUGUCUACUACCUUCACACCCAUCAAUCCUCCGCGCAGCUCCAAUGCAAUGCCUCGCUCGCGGGCUGAGUCACCCCGGACUAUCCUCCGUGCCAUCUCAGAUGCUAUGCGCCCAGAUAAUGUCCCCAGUGGCAUCAGCGAAGACAGCGACACCGAGAGCGAUGGCUCGUCCAACAUGUAUUCCACUCCGAACUGUCCUUCUGUGGAUGGACAUAUGAUGGAAACUGACAAGCUCGGUGACCUUGACGAGCCCACAACUACUUCGGAUGUGGCUGCUAUGCAAAGCGAAUACGACGACCUAACUGACUCGGACGAUGAUUGGCAAAUGGACGAUGCCAACGAUGAAGACUACCGUGGACCCCCUCUCAAGAGGACCCUUGGUGGAGAAGCUUCGUUUGGCAUAGACGGUUCCAUAAAUCCCGAAUCCCAGACCAAGAAGUAUCCUAGCCGGAAGUCCCGAGCUGCACGUCCUGAGCCAUCGCCUCACUUCACCCGUGAGGUAAAGGCUGCGGAAGCUCUUCUUCGUUUGCACAUGAAUGAGCUUGAAAGCACCGGAACCGAUACUGAGAUGGACGAUGAUGACCUGAACUCAACUUCCGGUUCUCGCUCUCUUGAUGGUGACGGAUCUCGUAGUCGCAAGCGACGUCGAGCUUCGCUUUGA